AUGGCCAACGCCAACCGCACCAUCCAGAUCCUGCUAGCGGUGCUCGCCGCCACUGCCAUCACCAACGGCACCGCCAAAACUACUCACCACCUCCAGUUCUACAUGCACGACACGGUGACGGCGUCCACGGGGAGCGCACAGACGGCGGAGCGCGUGGUGAGGGGUGCGACGCCGCUGCCGGGCGACCCCAUCAACCGGUUCGGCGACAUGUACGUGAUCGACGACCCGCUGACGGAGGGGCCCGACGCGGCGUCGUCCCGCGUGGUCGGGCGCGUGCAGGGGUUCUACCUCUUCGCGUCCCGCUCGGGCGACGGGGCGGCGCUGCUGCUCUCCGCCAACAUGGUGUUCACGGCGGGGGAGCACAACGGGAGCGCCGUCGCCGUGCUGGCCAGGGACGCCAUCCUCGACGACGUCAGGGAGCUGCCCGUGGUUGGGGCCACGGGCGGCCUCCGCGGCGCCGUCGGCUACGGCCUGCUCAGGACGCACGCCUUCAACGCCAGCAGCAACAACGCCGUACUCAAGAUCGACAUGUACCUCAGCGUCUAG